AUGACGAGUUUACCAGAAAGGCCUGCCAAAGCCUUCUCCUGCAUUCGCUGUUUUGAGCGCAAAGUGAAAUGCGACAAGGAGAAUCCAUGUUCGAAUUGUGUCAAAUCGAGAGUCGAAUGUGUAUUUCGGGUUCCACCAGCACCGCGUCGCAGAAAAAAGCGGCCACAAGAAGAAAUCCUCCUUGCGCGAUUGAAACACUGCGAGGAUCUGCUACGGAGCAAGGGCAUUGAGGUCGGCACCUCAGAAACCCCUGGCCAGGGUUCUGUCCCUAGUGGCCCUGCGAGCCAUGACCCUUCUCUGCCCAAUCCUGACACUGGUCUGUCGGGCAAUCAGCCACCAGGCACAGUUGUUUUCUUCCCUGGGCCCGAUGCUAGAAAUGGGCAAUUGAUUGUUGAUCAUGGAAAGUCACGAUUUAUUGAGAACAAUUUGUGGACCAGCGUUUCUGAAGAGUUCAAAGCCAAGGAAGCCAUCGAAUACGAAGAUGAUGACGAAGAUGCCAACUCGCCCGUUGAAGACAACACGGAUUUCAUGCUGGGGAUGACACCUUCGAGCAAUACCGUUUCGAUAUCCAGAUUGCAUCCAUCGCCCGAAAAUAUCAUGAAACUAUGGCAAAUCUUCCUCGACAAUAUCAACCCAAUGACCAAAUUAAUCCACCAGCCCUCUUUCCAGAAGAUCAUCGUGCAGUCGAUGUCGCAGCUGGACAAUUUACCCCGGAGCCUGGAAGCCUUGAUGUUUGCAAUCUACACAACCGCAGUAUUUUCUCUCGAUGAUGACGAGUCUGAGAUGAAACUUGGUGAAUCGAGGAAGGUCCUUCUCAUGCGCUAUCGACACGCAACGAGAGGUGCGCUUGCGAGAGCAAAAUUCAUGGCGACCUCUGAGCUUCCCGUCCUGCAGGCAUUCAUGCUCUAUCUUCUGAGUAUGCGCGAUACCUACGACUCCCGAACCCUCUGGACACUAGCCGGAGUGGCCAGUCGCAUUGCCCAGGGUAUGGGUCUUCAUCGCGAUGGGUCAUAUCUUGGAGUUGCACCCUUCGAGUCCGAGCUACGUCGACGACUGUGGUGGCAAAUAUCAAUCUUGGAUUUCCGGUCCGCCGAGUUGAGUGGCUCCGGUCGAUUUGGAGAUUUUGGGCUUUCUGAUACUAGAACACCCUCCAACGUCAACGACGAGGACAUCUUCCCGGAAAUGACCACGGAGCCCGUCCCUCAAGCCCGCCCCACCGAGAUGAUUGCGUGCCUUCUGCGCUGUGAGUUCGGCCAAUUCUGGAAGGAAAAGCUCGCCGAGAGGAAAGCCAUCACCCUCGAGGACGUGAAGAACACUGCGCCAUGGAAAACGUCAUUAGAAGAGAGGGAUGCGCACAUCAAUGAGCUCGAGCACCGACUAGAAGAGAAAUUCUUGAAAUACUGCGACCCAUCGAUUCCAAUCCAAUUCCUGGCAACCAUUAUUGCUCGAGCGGCGGUCAAUAAUAUGAGACUGAUGGCGCACCACCCUCGCAAAUACGGCAAUGUGGAUGAUCUCCCACAGUCAGAGCGAGAUUUCCUCUGGAAGGUGUCUCUGAAACUCCUGGAAUCGGAUAAUCUCGCACACUCCGCCCGGGGCCUGAAGAGAUUCAUGUGGCACACGAACGAGUAUUUCCAAUGGCAAGCGUUCAUCCACCUCCUGAACGAGCUAAAGUCCAAAACCCUGGGUGACGAGGUGGAUCUCGCGUGGCAGCAGGUCGAAGAGGUCUUCGAGAACCACCCGACUUUCCUGACGGAGCAGAAAAAGCCGCUGCACGCCGCCGUAGGGAGCGUGUGCCUGAAAGCGUUCUCGGCACGAGAGAGAGCCCUCAGGGAGACCACCAACGGUGUCUUCCCGAAGGUCGUCCCGGGCUACAUCAGGACGCUGCGCGAGCAGCGAAUCGCGGCUGCCAGACGCAACACCAAGCAAGAACCAAGCGUCGAGAGACUCUCCCUCAACAGCAACCCCAACACCAACACCUCCUUUGAGCAAUUCUCCUCACCGGCCACGGCUGGCGCACAGCACUCGAACGCGGGCAGCGGAAACGUUGACCCGCGCUUCUCCUUCCAGAUGAGUCCCCUCCACCCACAGCUCCCACUCCCGACUUCUUUCCAGCCGUUCCAAUACCAGGCGCCGUCCUCGGAUGCCCUGAUGUUUACGUCUGAUCCCGCCCUGGCACAGGAGCUUGCCAUGUCCGACAUGCCCAUGGAUUGGGCGCAGUGGGAUAUGCUCAUGAAAGACCUUGAGAUCCCAAAGUAG